AUGACGAGUCACUGCUGCCGUCACAAAACUGUGCGUACCACGGAUUCCCCAUCACAACCAAAAUGGCGGAGGACACAGUCGGGUCGGCACACUAAUAGGCACGAUAUGUUGUUCUGUAAGCAUUCCGAGACGGAUUUUUGUUAACCUUUUGCAGAAAUAAGAUAAUGCAGUUUGUCAGAGCGCAUCUCUCCAGGACGUAGACAGACGCUCAUUUCCCACUGUGACUGUGUUGUUAGCUGGCAUGGGAGAUGUUGGAAGACAAAGGUCCCCGUGUAGCAGACUACUUCGUGGUGGCCGGUCUGACAGACCCCUCCAAGCCACAGGAUGAGGAGCUGCGCUUCGAUGACGUCUGCCACAAGACGGCGCGCCCCAAGGCACCGAUCACCGACGUCACCGUGGUGAUGCGCUCCCUGGGGGAGGAGGUGCCGCCGGGCUACGUCUGUGUGGAGACCACGCCCACCGGACUGUCAGCUGAUCUGAAUAACGGUAGUCUGAUGGCUCCCCAGAUCUACCUGUGCUACAGGCGCGGCCGCGACAAGCCCCCCCUCACAGACCUCGGUGUUCUGUAUGAAUGGAAGGAGCGCUUGAAGCAGGGCUGCCACCUGGUCCAGAGCACUCCUGGCGGUCGCCCCGCCAACCUCAGCGGGUCGUCCCAGCGCGUUUACGUCACCUACCGCAGAUCGCCCGAGAGCCAAUCACAUGCCUCGCUUGCCGUGACGGACAUCUGUGUCAUCAUACCAGGAAAGGGCGAAACUCCUCCACACACCUUCUGCAAAGUGGAGAAGAACCUGAACAGCAGCAUGUGGGGGUCUUCUGUCUUUCUGUGCUACAAGAAAUCGGUGGCCAAAACCAACACCAUCGCCUACAAAGCAGGGUUGUUCAGCAGGUACCCAGAGGAGGACUACGAGUCGUUCCCUCUGCCAGAGUCGGUGCCCCUCUUCUGUCUACCCAUGGGAGCCACGCUGGAAUGCUGGCCCUCCCACACCAAAUACUCCCUCCCUGUCUUCUCCACCUUUGUGCUCACGGGCUCCUCAGCGGAGAAGGUGUAUGGUGCGGCCAUCCAGUUCUACGAGCCCUUCUCCGAGGAGUGCCUGACGGACAGGCAGCGUCUGCAGCUGGGCCUGCCCACCCCUGACCCCCAGGCCGUUUCGCACUCCCCGACCUCUGACCCCAAGGGCGUCUUGCGCACCAUUCACACCAACAAAAGCAUCUGUCUGCUCUCACACUGGCCCUUCUUCGACGCCUUCCGGAAGUUUCUCACCUUCCUCUACCGCUACUCUAUCUCCGGGCCACAUGCUCUUCCCAUUGAGAAGCACAUCUCUCACUUUAUGCACAAAGUUCCCUUCCCCUCGUCUCAAAGACCUCGCAUUCUUGUACAGCUUUCCCCCCAUGACAGUCUGAUGUUGAGCCAGCCUGUGUCCUCUCCUCUGCCCCUCAGCGGGGGGCGGUUCUCCACGCUUCUUCAGAGUCUGGGUCCUGAGAAUGCUGUCACGCUGCUGGUGUACGCCAUCACUGAGCAGAAGAUCUUGGUGCACUCCCUACGGCCCGCUGUGCUCACCAGUGUUACAGAGGCUCUGGUGUCUAUGAUCUUCCCCUUCCACUGGCAGUGCCCGUACGUGCCCCUGUGCCCACUGGCGUUAGCAGGGGUGUUGAGCGCCCCCUGCCCCUUCAUCGUCGGGUUGGACACUCGCUACUUCGACCUCUAUGAGCCUCCUCCUGAUGUCAACUGUGUGGACCUGGACACAAACACCGUCUCAGAGAUGGAGGACAAGCGUGCUCUGACGUGGAAGAUCCUCCCAAAGAAAGCCUGCAAAAACCUGAUGAAUGCACUCAGCAACCUCUACCAGCAGCUAAGUGAAGAUCACCAGAGGCCGCGGCACGACGGGCUGGCAGACGCAUACAUGUGUGUGACGGAGAGCGAGGUGGGCAGCGGGCGCAGCCUGCAGUCGCUGGAGCUGGAGAUCCAGGAAGCCUUUCUGCGCUUCAUGGCGGCGCUGCUGCGAGGCUACCGCUCCUACCUGAGGCCCAUCACACAGGCGCCCUCGGAGAAGACCACUGACGCCAGCUCACUCUUCGACCUGCAGGGGUUCUUGCGCAGCAGGGAUCGUUCUCAUCAGAAGUUCUACUCUGCGAUGGUGAAGACGCAGCUCUUCAGCCGCUUCAUUGAGGAGUGCUCCUUUGUCAGCGACAAAGAUGCCAGCCUGGCCUUCUUCGACGACUGUGUGGACAAACUGUUUAGCUCAGAGCGGACUGUAGAAAAGGCCAAGGUUGACGGAGAGCGCAGUGAAGAGGGCAGAUUGAUAGAGUUCGAUGAGUCUCACAGAAGUGAACACACUGUCUUCAGCACACCCCCUGAGCUCCCACCCCUGCCAGAGGGAGAGGAGCAUCCACUCUGCUACAGUUACGCUGGCUUCCCUGUGCUGACGGAUGACUUGUUUGAUCGUGUUGAUGGCCUGAGGACUGCUGCCUCUCUGCUUGCCAGUCGUCAGAGCUGCCCUACGAGUCCUGCUCCCAUGUUCAGACGCACCAAACAGGAGAUAAAGCUGGCUCAGAAGGUGGCUAAGAAGUACUCGUCCGUGCCCCAGAUGUGGUCUAAGUGCCUGCUGCGCCACUGCUACGGGCUGUGGUUCAUCUGCCUGCCCGCCUACGUGAAGGUCUGCCACUCCAAGGUGCGGGCACUCCGCACCGCUUACGACGUGCUGCGGAAGAUGCACACCAAGAAGCUACAGCCACCUGACGAGGUGUGUUACAGAGUGCUGAUGCAGCUUUGUGGUCAGUAUGGCCAGCCUGUUCUGGCCGUGAGAGUUCUGUUUGAGAUGAAGAAAGCUGGCGUCCAUCCCAAUGCCAUCACCUAUGGCUACUACAACAAGGCUGUGUUAGAGAGCACAUGGCCAUCCAGCACCAGAGGGGGCUACUUCCUGUGGCUGAAGUUGAGAAACGUGGUUCUGGGCGUGGCCCAGUUCAGACAGGCUCUGAAGAAGAAUCAACAGCAGUUUAUACAAACACCUCUCUCAGAUGGCAGUGACUUGGACGCCCUGAGUCAGGGCAGCAUGGACAGCUCCAAUGAGACUAACCCCACCGACCUUAUCAAAGUAGAGACCACUGAUGAUAGAUCUAGCACAGCCAGCAUGGGCAGUGUGAACGGGGACUCUUGUGCAGCUUGCUCUCUGGGUGUGUGUUCUGAUUCGGACACACCUGUUCUGCUCUCAGGUGACCAGUCAGAUCUGGGCUACAACUCUCUGUCCAAAGAAGAGGUACGCAGAGGGGAGACCAUUCCCGAGAAAGAGAAGGGGGAGAGUGACUGCAGCUCCUUUUCUGAAACCGAGAGUGCCAAAGGCAGUGGAGACUGUCUUCCACAUUUGGUCUUCCCAGAAGUCUCUGCUCCUAAGCAGCAACGUCCAGGGAUCGUCCGUGGCAACUGUCCCUAUGAUGGUCCUGCCCAUAAAAAACAAGAAAGCUCCUCAGAUGUCGCUGGUCUACUCUUUUCCUCCUCUUUAGAGGACAUUGGGGUCAUGCAGGGAGGCAGUCUGCAUCGUCGUCUUGGUAACAAACGGGAAAAAACAGAAGGGUCUCUGGAGCAGUCAGGGGUCAGAUGUCGUCGUCACAGCGGCGACUCCUCCACCCCUACCCCCACCGGCACAGUCCUGGGCCUGAGCCUGAACCAGGGUGAGACGGACCCUCACAAGAUUGCCUGUAACCUAGGAGACGAUGCCAAGAUCCUCUCAGGGACCCUCCGCAAGAGCCGGCGACCCGAAACACUGGACGUCAACAGCAAACACACUCACGACGCACCAAGGCACGCACUCGCACACACAGAAGCAGAAGAUGCAGACUCCAGUGAUGAGGAAAAGGCUGACGAGGACAAGGUGGACAACGACCUGGCAGCCAUCUUUGACCUUGAAGACCUCGACCUGGAUUCAGAGGAGAUUGUGGGUAGCGGCUACGGGGCGGGACUGCGGCGUCAGUCGAUGCCGGCCCGCCCGGCCAAGCGCAUGGGCAUCCAGAUGGGCUUCGACCCGCUGUCCCUCCUGGCGGCCGAGAGCGGGUGUGAGGUGCAGGAGGUGUCAAGUGAGGGCGCUGGCGCUCGGACUCCCCCUGGGGUGCGCCGCGACCUGGCAGAGGAAAUCGAGAUGUACAUGAACCACGUUGGCAGCCCAAUGAGCAGCCGCGCGCCCAGCAGCGUGGACCUGCGCUUCCCCACCAGCCCAGCAGGGGGAACCCACGAGACACGGCGUUGCAGCCUGCCUCACUGCUCGUCCCGGGCGCUGUCAGUUCCCCGCUCGCACACCUUCCACACGCACCAGCAGGUGUCCCACUCGCACAACUCGCACGCGCAUCGCUCGCGCACGCCCCAGGCCAACACCCCCACCCACGCCAGGGCCCGCCUGUGGUCCUCGCCAACGUGCGACCCCGACGCGGCCCCCUUUAGAGGCGAGAGAGACCUGCCCUCUGGCCUGGCCUCCCCUUCCCCCUCUCCCUCCCCGUACUCCUCGUCUUUCGGACUGGACACGCUAAUCACGCCCUCACUGGAUGUCUUCAAGACCAGCAUGGUGUCGGCGGGGAAGGGUGUGGCCGAGAAGGCCAGUCGCUGGUACUCGCGCCUGGCCACUUACACCACUCCCACCAAGGACAUGAGCUCAGACCGGUUGAGUGUGUUGUCUGGGGAGGAGGACGAGCAGGAUGGCGAGGGAGAGGAGGUGUUUUUGGCCCCUGACGGGCCCUUCUCCCCGAAGCGCUCUGGCCCCCACGGGCCCCUCAGGCGCAGCCCCCGCCGGAGCCCCAUGCACAGCCGCGUGCAGAGCCCCGACCCUCGGUCCAGCUUCCCUCGCGGCAGCCUAAACACAGGUUAUCUUCUCUCUCCUCCUCCUAGUUUUGACCGCUCUGACCUGGGCUCGUCUCGAUACACCAGCAACACAAGCAUCUUCCAGAACUAUGCCAUGGAGAUCCUGAUCUCCAGCUGCUCGCGCUGUAAGACCUGUGACUGUCUGGUGUACGACGAGGAGAUCAUGGCUGGCUGGACGGCGGACGACUCCAACCUCAACACCAUCUGCCCCUUCUGUGGGAACCCCUUCCUACCCUUCCUCAACGUGGAGAUCAGGGACCUGCGGGGCCCCGGCAGGUUGUUUCUAAAGAAUAGUCCAUCAGCAGAUGAAGCUAACUGGAUGAACUCCUCCUCUUAUUCUGUCUCCACGGGGCUGGACACUGGAACCUCCACCCUCUCCCCCACCUCCCCUGCUCCGACACGCACACAAAGAAGCAGUUCCUUCUGCAGGGCUCCAUAUAUAGAUAUCCCGGCGGAGAGGCAGCAGGGCUCUCUGUCCCCUGGGGCCCCCAUGGCGCGGAGCGUCAGCGCUUUUGGACCCCUGGAGGAGUCGCCGCGGCCCCUGCACAGGGUCCCUACCGGCAGCCUGCCUAGCCGUCUGAAUGAGGCCACAGAUCCGUUGAGUAUGGAGUGGCGUCUGCACCACCCAGAGCCAGUGACCGUGCCCUACCUGAGCCCUCUGGUCUUGUGGAAGGAGCUAGAGAGCCUGCUGGAGAAUGAGGGAGACCAGGCCAUCACUCUGUCAGGGCUGGUGGAUCACCAUCCCAUAAUAUUCUGGAACCUUGUCUGGUAUUUCCGCCGACUAGAUCUGCCCAGCAACCUGCCAGGCCUCAUCCUGACAUCAGACCACUGCAAUAGAGGAUCUCAGUGCCCUGCCUCUCCUGUGCAGGUUCCUCGUGACUGGAUGUCUGAGGACAGUAAGCACGUGCUGGUGCAGAUCCUGUGGGACAACCUGAAGCUUCACCAGGACCCCAUACAGCCCUUCUACAUCCUGUGGAACACACAAAGUCUGAGUUACCCCAUGUGUAGGCUGGGGAAUGACAAGGAGAGUGUGUUUGGAGAGGAGGUGCUGCAGGGCGUGGUGAGGAGCAUCCAGCGCAACGACAUCCACACCCCCAUGUGUCACAUCCUCCAGCUGCUCGCACACACCCUCGGAGUCCACAGACAGAGGAGUCUGUACAGGGACAUCCUCUUCUUAUCUUUGGUUGCUUUGGGCAAAGACAACAUUGACAUUGAUGCGUUUGACCGUGAGUAUAAGCUGGCGUAUGACCGUAUGUCUCCUGCUCUGGUCAAGCUCACUCACAACUGUGACCGGCCCCCCAGCACAGGGGUCAUGGAGUGCAGAAAAACCUUUGGAGAGCCUUAUCUCUGAAUUCCCCCUGCAAUCCCCCCGGACACCACUUUCUACACCAUGGCCUGGAGACACCAGGUCAUCACCACACACAUAUUACUCACAGCGCUGACCUUUCACCUGACAGUACUUGCAGACUCAUCGUCACCAUGGCAACUGUCCGACUUGUACACAGGGCGCUGUGUUUUUCAAACAAAGCAAAAUAGGAAGUGAUGUCACAAAGAUGUUCCAUAACAUGUAGAUGUACUGUAAAUACAAGGGUUAGUAUUUUGGGGGUAAAUUUCAAGACAGAUUUCAUGAUAUUAUCAUCAUGAUUAUGUCGUAGGACAGUUAACAGCAAUAUUUUGCCUACCGUCAAAGUUGUUUUAACAGAAUUGUAAGUAUUUAUGAAUAGGUCCUUUUCCUUUAUUUUUAUGCUGCAUGUCAGAGAGGUCAGUUAUUUUUUAUCUGUGAUUGUUCUCAUUGGGGCUAAAGUUUGUAUGCCUGCACACAUAUAAACGCACAGACACACACAAACACACACACACAUGUACACACACAGAUGACACACUCUCCUCAGUUACCCUUAGUCUCAGCUCAUGAAGUGCCAGAGGUCAUUGUUACAAUAGAAAAUAAGUGAGUGCUAGUUGUAGAGGUCACAGUGAGGUCAUGGCUAUGAUUAUGAGAUUCCUACAGAGCUUGUGAGAAGGUGCCUGAUGUGCUGUUGACCAAAAGUUUGGUCAUGAAAAAUUACAUUCAGUAUGUGCUACCUAUACUGUGUGACAGACUAGAUGAUAAAUUAAUAAUACGUACGUAUUCACGUCAGUAUUCGUGUCCCACUGCUCAGAGCCAAUGCUGAGAUUAUGAACAUUGAGAUUGUGGAGGUUAAAUCUACAGGUGGAAUAUUUACUCGUUUUUAUAUUGAAUACGUCAUGCUGCUUUUUUAGUAUGUUAGCUAGCUGUGAAAUCAACCAAUCUAGUCAAGAAAAGGGGAAACACUACAGCAGGAUCUGCAUAGUUUUGUCACAUGCGCUGCUCAACAGCCACGUCACUACAUUCUCUGAGUUCUGCUUUAGUUAGUGAUCUUGAGCCAAAGACGUAAACAGAAGCUCUGCUGCCACGGAGAUGAUCUCCAGCACAUCGAACCCAAACAGCUGCAACGUGCUGAUGUGACUAGAUAACACAGCAAGGAGUACACAAGCUCAAGACUGUGUCAUGCUUUAGGUGCAGUUUAGGCUGGUAGCAAUGCGUGCAGAUCUACAUUAGUCAGCUAAUGUGCUAGCAUCUAGUAGGCCCAAAGGUACAGGUACACACACACAGAUAAGGGGAAGAGACAUCCCUUGAUGGUUGACAGUAAUGUCAUGAUGGAGACUUACAUUCGUGCAGGGUAUUUAUUUAAAGAAAAGCUCUGAGAAAAUUGUGAAAAAAAUAAUGAUCAGUGUCACAAGGAGUUGAUCAUGUGGUUCUCACUAUUAUCCAAGUGAAGGUGACCCUGUGUGCUUUAGUCACAUUGCAUUCGGGUAGGAGCCUGUGACAGUGUAUAGUCUUCAUAGUAAUGUUAUUUUUGUUUAGGAAACCAAAUAUAUACACUGUAAAUAUGUAUAUUCCAUCCAAGAAAAUGGUCUACUGGUCUGUUCAUCUCAAAAGGGCACUUUUACACUUACUGGCAAAUGACAAUGUAAGACUAUUUUUACAACGUGGGGAAGGAAGCAAAACUCUGGUGCUUUUUAGUGUAGAUGCCUCCGUGUGUUUUAUAGCUUUCUAUGUGUCUGUGCAUAUAACUCAGACUAAACUCAAAGUGGAGAAAACGUUAGAUGACAAUACUGACAAUAAGGUGUUUUGCCAAAUGAGGUCUGUAUCCAAAUGUAUGAAUUAAUAUUUUAGCUGGUUAUUGCAAACUGAUGUCUGUUUUGCUCUGUCGUCUGUCUGUAAAUGGAGCGCACAUCACCAUUUUGAGGUAAAGAAGUACAAAAACUAAUGUUUUGGUUUGUUUCAGAUUUCAAAGGUUCUAUACUGAAUGUGGUUAAAUCAAAUAAUUUACUUUUACCUGAAUGGUAUGAUAUGGAGAUGAGCUUUUCAUUGUUUUUCUUUUUUUGUUUUGUUUUAUUUCUUAUUUUAUCAACAACUCCCUUUCCUUGUUAAUGUGAGCUGCCUUUCCAUUUGAGCCAUAACAUGCAGUCAUUAGCUUUUAAAACAUUCGAGCCAUAACGUGCAGUCAUUAGCUUUUAAAACAUUCGAGCCAUAACGUUCAGUCAUUAGCUUUUAAAACAUUCGUUUACUAGGCUCUUCUCAUCUCUCAAGACACUUGGGCUACAUUCAAGAGACAAAGUAUGUCACAAGGUUUCAGACAUGCCACUCAUGGUAAUUAAUGACAAUGAGGACUAAUUCAUAUUUUGAGCUGUAAUUGCUGAAAUCUCAACCAAGCGCUCUUGAGCUGUUAUAUUUGUCAAUCUCCACUUCUGCACCAGGACUAAGUCAUAUCAGGGAAGAGUUUAUUAUAAAUAAUAGUAUUAUUAUAUAAUACAAUUAUAUAUAAUAAUUAUAUUGUAGUCCGUAACAGCACAUCGUCCUUAUCGGAGAGCAUGUCAGUUAAAUUGAGCCUUGCCUGUGUAGCUGUCUGAUGUAUUCACAUAAACUUCAGAAAGCUCUCAAGGGUGAGUUGAUAAGUGUCUGUACCCUCGCCAUCUGUGAGUCAGCUUUGUGGCUUUUCAUGAUUGGUGUGAGAAAAUAUACACCUUCCCGCCACUCGACCUGUCCUUCAAGGACAUCUUCCGAACUUGGUGACGAGCAAUAGUGUAACUACUCGUUGAGAUGACGUCAUGGCCACUGGAGGUGGUCCUCUCCCGAGAGGCGUCCAAUGACAUGCUGGCCACAUCACUUGAUUGACAGUAGACGUCACCAGUGGUGGAAAGGUGUCAUAAUGUUGCACAAAAUGAGUUGUCAAUCGGUAUCAAUACAAAACUUGAAGAUUGUCUCAAAUUUGUACGUACAAAGGGAAUAACUAUGAAAUUGUGAAAAUUCCUGUCAAUCAGGUUAGUUCUCAAUUACUGUUGCUGCAUAUGUAUUUAUCUAGUUUUAAAAAUGAAAACACAUUUUAAUUUGCUUAGUUCUAUGUAUAUUUGUAUCUAUGCUUUGUAGAGAGAUCAUCUUUUAUAAAGGCUUUAAUCUGUUUACAGCGCUGUAAACACACAGUUGGAUCUCUGGAUCUAAACUGGGAUCAUGUGGUGUGAGAUGGAUCCAUAUGCUCCUCAGUUGUAAAUAAAUCUGCUUUUUCUGAGCAUA